AUGGAGACCCAGAGGGCCAGCCUCGCCCUGGGGCGGUGGUCACUGUGGCUACUGCUGCUGGGACUAGUGGUGCCCUCGGCCAGCGCCCAGACCCUCAGCUACAGGGAGGCCGUGCUUCGUGCUGUGGAUCGUCUCAAUGAGCGGUCCUCAGAAGCUAAUCUCUACCGCCUCCUGGAGCUGGACCUGCCUCCCAAUGUAGACGAGGAUGCAGAGACCCCGAAGCCUGUGAGCUUCACGGUGAAGGAGACCGUGUGCCCCAGGACGACCCAGCAGCCUCCGGAGCAGUGUGACUUCAAGGAGAAAGGGGAUGAUGUAACCCCAUGGCCCUCCCCCAGCUCCUUGCUGGACAUGAAGUGCUGACUUACACAGAGAACUGGUUGUGAGGACUAAACCAGGAAACCCAGAUGUUGGAGGCAUGGAAGGCUUGCCCCCCAUUACAGAAGGUGCAGUCUAAGGACCUGGCAGAGACCCUACACAGGAUCUAGGAAGGAUGGGGAAGGGGACUUCACUCUGAAGUGUGAGCAAAUUCAUCGCCUUUUCCUCCUUCGUCUUGGGAAAAGGAUACAGCUUGACCAAGAGGCCACUGGGGCAAUACCUGGGCUGCGAAACCAGGUUGCGCAGAAGCCCACGUCUCCUUCUUUCUCCAA